AUGGUGCAACCUUUUCGCUGUAUCGGCAAAGUCAGAUUUGCAGUAAUCGGCAAAGGGUGGCUGUGCGACUGUGAGGCCACGCUUCGACGGGCGAUCAAGCGGAAGGUGAUCUUGAGGUUUGAACUUUGUGUUCAAUGGCAAGAUCACCGUCACGGUCUCCUGUGCGCCGAGAUUCCCGAUCCCGAUGGCGGUCUCCCUCGGCGUCACCUAGCCGCUACAGCUCAAAAAGGGGCAGCAACAGAGACAGAAGGGUGCGGAGUCGAACGCCGCCACGCAGGAGACGCGACCGAUCCUCAUCGCCACAACGCUACAAACGGCGGGCUAGUCCUAGUCCGGAGUCGUAGCUCGUCUGUUGAGCGGCGUUUGGCCCUGGAACGGGCUCGCGAAGAGCGGGAGGCGGAGAAGAAUCGAGAGGAAGAAGAACGGAGAAAGCGCCAGCAAGAGGCAGAGCGGCGAAUCAUCGAGGAGGAGACGGCGCGCCGCAUUGAAGAGACGAUACGGAAGCGCGUGGAGGAAGCUUUGGCUUCGGAAGACGUGAAGAAAGAGAUGGAGGAGCGGCUUCGGCGUGGUCGAGAGAGGCUGCUUCAGGAGGUAGAGGAAAUUCUGGAGAAGGAGCGGCAGGCCGCCUUGGAAGAGGCGAAACGAAAAGAAGAAGAGGAGCGGCGGCGACUUGAAGAGCUGGAAAACAUGCUGAACGAGAACCAGAAGAAAGUAGAGGAGGCGCAGAAGCGUGCGGCAGAAGAACGACGAAGGCAGGAGGAAGAGCGAUUUAAGGAGCUCGAGAACUUGCAGAAGCAGAGGGAGGAAGAAGCGAAGAGGAAACAGCAAGAAGAAGAGCUGAUAAAGAUAGAGCAGAUGAAAAUUCUAGGGAAAAAGAAUGCGAGGCCGAAGGUUGCAUUUGGCUUUGGCUUCAAGUAAUUGAAAUCAACCUUAGAAAGAGUUGCACUUACUGAAUUUGGCGUCAAAGGUUUUGGCGCACGAUGUACAGGUGUCUCCACUUGCUCAAGCUCACUACGUGCUUUCUACCAUGCUGUAGAGAUCGAGCACCAUGAGCGCCUAGUAGCAGAGCUUUGGACUGAUAGUCAGGUAGGCGUUUCGAUCUUGAUGGUGUGAUCACAUCUAUCCGGAGGCUGGCGGCCAAGCAUUGUUACUCGAACUUACAC